AUGGGCGAUUCGAUGCUCGAGUCAGAGCCGCCGGCGCGGUCCGGAAAGGGCCCCCCCAAGAAGAGGAGACGUAUUGUCGUAUCGUGUACGGAGUGUCAUAGAAGGAAGCAGAAGGUUAACUCUUUAUCAGCACCAUCUCGUCGCGUCACCACAUCCUAUCCUCCAGACUACCCGACCUCGCAGACUCACCCCUGCGACCGCAAACUGCCUUGCGCAAACUGCCGCUCCAGAAACCGCGAAACAUUCUGCUCCUACGACCCCAAUGCACGUACGUCAGACAGCGCAAACACCACCAGCAACAAUGACGUUCUCGUCCCCAGAACAUCGCCGUCCUCGCAACUGCCCCCCUUCUUGUCGUCUUCAGCGCCUCCCAAGAUUGCAGAACCGCUGUCCACCACGGCCGCGACGUGGGGCUAUGGCCAAACUGGCGCAUCAACCAUCUCUUUUCUCAAAAAGAUCGAAAUGGCCCCCUUAUCUGACGACCGGUCCUCACUCUCCGCCCUUUCGCCAGCCAGCACUUCCCGCGAAGACUCCUUCGCCGUGCGCGAGAGGUAUAAGAGCCUUGUACGCCAUCUUCCCGCCAAGGUCUUCAUCGACAAGCUCGUGGCCAUGUGUUUGCGCGAGUUCAACUGGCAGUACUACUUUGUCGACCCGGACGUUUUCUACGUCCAACUCCUGGAGUGGAACAGCCUCCCGUUCAGUAUCUUCUCCACCGAGGGACCACAGGGUGUUUCCCCCAGCUUGAGGGCUUUCCCGGCGGUGCUCUUUCAAAUGCUUGCUGCCGCGCUGUUGGUCCUCCCGGACGAUGAGGAGGAGGAGUUUAUUACGUUAAAGUAUGCUGCCAACAUGACUUUUGAGGACUUGGCGUGUGAUUACAGUGCCAGUGGGGCGGAAAUCGUAGGACUCUUUGGAAAGAAGGAGUUGAGCGUUACGACGGUUCAGGCCGAGUUUCUGAGAGCCUCCUUCUUGAAGUACACCGCUAAUGUUGCCGAGUCGUGGCACAUGAUUGGAAUUGCCAUUAGAGAUGCUCAGGAAUUGGGUAUGCACCGGGAUAGCCUCGAUCCUGAAGCCACAGAGACAAGCUUGGAGAGCGUUCUUGAGAAUCAAUGGCUUAUUGAGAGACGGCGCAAGAUGUACAUGAUUCUUGCAAUGUGGUAUGCUGCGAGCCUGUCCACCCCUCACCCCUACCCCCACCCCAAGUCCCCAAACAAACACAACAGAAACCCAAGCUCACAGCUCAGGGACAUCAACAUGUCUCUUAUACUAGGCCGGCCCGGCACCGUGGACUGGCGACACAGCUUCCCGUCCGUCCCCAUUGAUACCCCAGUGCCCACCGACCGCUUUAAAACUCCCAUCAGCCUCCGCAAUCCAGAAAAGGACCCUCCCACGCCUCUAACUCGUUGUCUCUGGAUGCACGAAAUCUGUUUGCCACUACGAGAUAUCCAGGACCUUGAACAGGACGGUACCUACCCCAAAGAUUUCUCCAGAGUCGAUCGACUCCACCAGAAAAUUAUGAGUAUUCGUGAUUCAACGCCCGCUGUGUUCAGGCUGAAAAAUCCUGACACACGUUGGGACGACAAACCCGAGGUAGAGGGCUGGAUAGGGAUAUCGCGAUAUUACUUCCUGCUAUUACACAACUUUACCAUCAUGGCCUUGCAUAGACCAUACCUGUUCCACAGAAAGGAGAGCAGAGUGAAGGCGUUGACGGCCGGUCUGGGCAUGUUGGAAAUGCAGAGGUCAAUGUUUGAGGGACUACCUUCUGCAUCCUGGAGGAAUUUUAUGCUCUUCUUUGGAACAUUUGACGCCAUCGUCCUCGUCGCGGCUGUCUACAUCCUCUUUCCGCGCGACCACCCAGAACACCGGCACCUAUCCGUCCAGCACAUCCACUGGGCUAUAGAGCGCUUUGCAACAAUGCAGCACCGCAACCCGCUUGCCAGGGCUGCACAGGGCGUUCUUGGUGCCAUUUUGGGCAAACUCACAAAGGCACUUGCUCGGUGUGCCUCCCCUCCCAAGACUUCCGACACGCCGGGCUCAACGAGGGGUCCAUCGGACACCACGCCCGAUAGCGCAUCUUCGAAACCAAACACAAACCAGCCAUUACCCAACUUGUCGGUGAAUUCGCUUUCAGGCACGGGGGCGGCAAAAAGCGUCGUUCAGGGUGAAGAUGGGGAAAACCCUGGUCAGGACAUGCCAAGCGACACGUGGCUGUCGUCCAGCGAGUGGGCCUUUGCGCCAGAUGAGCUGUCGAGUAUCUUGCCGACGUUUCCUAUUUCGGAUUUAAUAUACAAUGAUGUUACGGCGUUGCAGGGUGAUGGCGGUAUGAUGGCGGUAGAGGAUACGAGUUUCGGCGGAGGGGGAGCGUCAGAGUGGCAGUUUGGGGGGGACAUCGCCGAGGGCACGCUUUGGCAGGUGUUGAACCAGUUUCAGUCCAGAUGA